CCGUAAUGCACACUUUCUUGAAUCACAAGAAGUAUCACAAUAGCAAUACUUCGAAGAUGAAAUUUACAUUGGCAUUGCUGGCCUUCGUGGCUACGUCCACCGCAUGGCGAAUCCCCAAUGUCGGCCGAGGUGAACUUGCUAAAGAGCUUCAAGAUUUCUUGGACCUCUUGCCGCAGCAAGAAAUAGCUUCAAUCACCCUCCAGUAUUAUUCCCAGGACGCGGAAUUCCAAGCUAUGAUCCGAUACUUCAAAUCCGACGGCUUCAAGCAGCUCGUGAAAGACAUCGAAGUUCUACCUGAGAUGCAAGCUCUGAUGGACUACGCCUAUAACGCCGGCGUUGACGUUUACAAACUGAAAGACAUGUUGUUCAACUGGCUCGGAAUCACCCAAGCCAACUUCGCCGUUGAUAAACAGAUCACUGGUGGACUCCGCGGAUAUGCCGAUGAUAUCAGGGCCGUCAUUAAUCCUGUUAUCCCUCGCCUUAUCGACCUUUACAAAACCAAGAUGCAAAAUUCCCCGGUGUUCCAAGACUACAUCGCUCAACUGAAGUCCCCGAAUUUCGAGCAACUCGUCAACAAGGUUUAUGUUCACCCCAAAUGCCAGGAGCUUUUGAGACACGCUGCAAACGCGAACAUUGAUCUUAAGCUCGUCAGGGACUUGCUGAAAACUAUCCUCGGCAUCGAGCUUCCUUUCUAUUCUGUCGUUCAAUAUUAGAGAUGGCAUCGUUAUAUAUUAAAAAAUAAUUAAAUCCAUGCAAAGAAUUUUUUUCUAUUGCGUCAAUAACGCUUUUAUAACACUCAAAAAAUUGUUAUAAACUAUUCAGCCAUGCAAUUGUGUACUUUACUUAUGCAAAAUAAUAAAU